CAGUUUCCUCAUCUGUACAAUGCGGGAUAAUACUAGAUUUCACGAGUUACUCCACGUAAAAGUUCCACUACGGUGCUCAGCACAUAAUGAAAUCUCAACACAGUGUACCUAUUUACCCUUGGGAUGCUCUUCUUCAGACCUACCAUUUGUAGGGUCUAGUAAAGCUGGAAGUCAUCGGAUGGGUGGGGAGGCAGGUGGACCAGGGCAGUGAGGUUCUGGGAAGUUAUGGGAAUGAGAGAGGAGAUGAGUACCAAGGAAAGGGCUUGCUAAGAAAGGUGGCGACUGGGGAGGCAACUCAGAAGUGAGUAAACGGGUAGUUCAAGGCAGAAAUGGUUUAGAGAGAAGAGCAGACGUCCCGAGAAAGGGAACAGUCAAGAGGGUGGGGGAGGAGUGGAGGGGGCGGUGGGGACACCCAGGACUGAGGAAAUAAACAAGGGGAGUGCCACCACAGGGGUGGAGGGUAAGGCUGCUGGGAAUCAGCCCCCUCAGACUUUCCACUGCGAAGCGAAACCGUGAGCCCUGGGGUGUUGGGGGGGGCAACGGGGAGGGGAAGUGGGGAAGGUGGAGGGAAGGCAGAAGGACAGGGGCCAGGGCCCUGGGAGCAGCAGAACAGCCUCCAGCUCAAGACAGCCACUUUGCCUCCACUCUGCUCUCUGCCUGCACCCAGCCCCAUUCCCUGGGACCCCCCCACCCCACCCCACCCCACCCUAGACCCCACCCUCCCGUUGCCUGAUCCAGCUAGCUUUCCUCUAGAUUCCAGCCUCUGGUCAUUGGUUCCUCCCCUCUCCAGGCCUCCAUCCUUCUUUUUCUAGAUUCUCUUCCUUCAGCUCCUUCUUUGCAGAACCUCUCUUUCGUCCAUCAGUCCUUCUCCACUUUCUGACCUCUUCCCUCUGGACGGCUGUGUGGCCCAGGCCCAAGGGGAGAUGCGGGAGGCUCAUUUCCCGGUCUGGCUGUUUCUGCAACUGCUAUGGGUGGCUGCAGUGGAGGCUCCAGACCCUGGGGCAGAGGUCCCGGUGGUGUGGGCCCAGGAGGGGGCUCCUGCCCAACUCCCCUGCAGCCCCACAAUCCCCCCCCAGGAUCUCAGCCUUCUGCGAACAAGACAUGUCACUUGGCAGCAUCUACCGGACAGUGGCCCCUCGGCGCCCUCCGCCCGGGGCCCGGGGCCCCGCGUCUACACGGUGCUGAGGCUGGCUCCCGGAGGCCUGCGCAUCGGGAGGCCGCCCCUGCAGCCCCGCGUGCAGCUGGAAGCACCUCCAGGCACCGCGCUGGUUGGGUGGGUGCGCUGGAGGACAGUUGGAAGGGAGAAGACAAAGAGAUCUAUAGCAAGGUACUUGUUUCCAGGAGCUUCCAGCUUAGGUGGCCUGCUGUGCUGGGAAAGUUGGCCUGAUAACCUUCUCUGUCCUUGUGCAGUGACUGCCAUGCCCCCAGGGCCUCUCUGGACCUCCAGUUGGGUCAUUUUGAACUGCUCCUUCAGCCGCCCUGACUCCCCGGCCUCUGUGCACUGGUUCCGGGGCCGAGGCAGAGUCCCUGUUCAGGAGUCCCCCCAUUAUCACUUAGCUGGAAACUUCCUCUUCCUGCCCCAAGUCAGCCCCUUGGACUCUGGGGCCUGGGGCUGCAUCCUCACCUACAGAGAUGGCUUCAAUGUCUCCAUCACGUACAACCUCACUGUUCUGGGUCUGGAGCCCGCAGUCCCUCUGACAGUGUACGCUGGAGCUGGUUCCCAGGUGGAGCUGCCCUGCCACCUGCCUCUAGAUGUGGGAACCCAGUCUUCCCUCACUGCCACAUGGGCCCUUCCUGGAGGAGGCCCUGACCUCCUGGUGGCUGGAGACCAUGGCAACUUUACACUUCGACUGGAGGCUGUGGGCCAGGCCCAGGCUGGGACCUACACCUGCCGUGUCCAUCUACAGAGGCAGCAGCUCAGUGCCACUGUCACUUUGGCAGUCAUCACAGUGACUUCCCAAUCCUCUGGGUUACCUGGCAACCUGAGAAAACUGCUUUGUGAGGUGACUCCUGCAUCCGGACAAGAGCGGUUCAUGUGGAGCCCACUGGACAAGCGGUCUUGGAGGAGUUUCCCAGGCCCCUGGCUGGUGAUGCAGGAAGCCAGACUCCUUUCCCAGCCCUGGCAGUGCCAUAUGUACCAGGGGGAGAGGCUGCUCGGGACAGCGGUAUACUUCACUGAGCCGUCUGGCCCAGGUGCCCAACGCUCUGGGAGAGCCCCAGGUGCCCGGAAAACGGGCCACUUCCCUCUCCUCGUCCUUGGUGUCCUUUUCCUGCUCUUUUUGGUGACUGGAGCCUUUAGCUUCCACCUUUGGAGAAGACGGUGGCGACCAAGAAGGUUCUCUGCCUUAGAGCAUGGGACUCACCCACCUCAGGCUCAGGGCAAGACAGGGGACCUGGAGCCGGAGCCCCAGCCGGAGCCCGAGCCAGAGCCCGAGCCGGAGCAGCCCUGACCGGAGCUGAGCACCCCGUGCACCCGCAGCUCAGUCCAAAUAAACUCCCCGUCAGCAGCAAGCCCGAGUCUGGCCGCUUCUUGCCCAGGGAAGAUUCUGUCUCUCCCCAGCCCCCGAGGCCUCCCUUCUCGCAGCCCGGUCUCCUGA